AUGUCAAGUUCCAAAUCCAAAAGGCGUUGUUUAGUAUCCGAGUCAUCCGAGGAUAUGAAUGAAGCCUCACCGUGGACGGAUCCCGUAGAUGAUGAGGUUGAAGAGAAAAGGACUCCAGAGUAUGAACUACACCCUACAAAAAAGUCAAAGGAUGGAUUCAAAUAUGUGAGCAUGAAAAAGAGUAAAAGGAGGGCACCUUAUUGGGUAGACUACUGGAUGUAUUUGGACAAUGCUGAUAUGAUAAGAGCUGAAUGCAAAUUUUGUGAAAGGAAUUUUGCUGCUGAUCCUAAUACUAAUGGCACGAAGAAUGUGAAGAAACAUUGGACAACUUGUCCAAAAAAUCCAGCAAAUAAGAGCAAAGGUAAACAAACUCACUUGAUUUUUGAGCCAGUAGAUGGUGAGGAGGGAGAUGCUAAGUUGAAAUAUAAAGAUGUGAAUCUUAAUGAUGUGCGAGAUGCAUUGGGUCGUAUGAUCAUACUUGAUGAAUUGCCAUUUCGAUUUGUAGAGAAAGUUGGUUUUAAAUAUUUCAUGUCUAUUGCUUGCCCUGCAUUUCAUAUGCCUUCACGAAUGACUAUUGCACGUGAUUGUUAUCAACUCCAUAAGGGAGAUGCCAUUGGUAGAGCUGUUGAGGAUUGUUUAAACUCUUGGGGUUUAUGUGAUAAACUUUUUACAGUAACGGUUGAUAAUGCAAGUUCUAAUGAUGUGGCAUGUGGGUACUUGAGAAAUAUGGAUCAUGUUCAAUGUAUUGAUAGGACACGAGCUGUUGUUAAGUUUGUGAAAAAUUCUCCUGCCAGAUUGCUCCUCUUCAAAGAAGUUGUUGAGAAAUGUAAAAUAGAGAGCAAAUCUUCUUUGUCUCUAGAUGUACCCACUAGAUGGAAUUCAACUUACACUAUGUUAGACACUGCUCAAAAAUUUAAAGGUGUCUUUAGUCGAAUGUCACUUCCUAGGGAGUACGAAGGUAACACGAGUUCACCCGAUGAUGCUGACUGGGACAAAGUUGAAAAGCUUGUCGUUUUCUUAAGGGAGUUUUAUGAUUUAACGAACCGUGUUUCUGGUUCUUUAUAUGUCACAAGUAACACACUCUUCUUUCACAUUGGUCACAUUCUUGAUUUACUGAAUCAAUGGACGGUUAGUGAUGAUCCUGAUUUUAGAACUAUGGCAUUUCAAAUGAAAUUGAAAUUUGACAAGUAUUGGGGUGACGUAGAAAAGAUGAACAUGUUGAUAUAUCUGGCUGUAAUUCUUGAUCCAAAAUUCAAGUUCCUGGGUGUACAAAUUGCUCUUCAAAAUAUGUAUGGAGUAGAUAGGGGAACGUCAUUAGCUAAUAAAGUCAGGGAGUUUUCUAAUGUUAUGUUUGAUGAGUAUAGAAAAUUAUAUGCUCCUGUGAUUGUGGAGAGUGAGCAAACUAGUGACUCAAUGUCAAUUAUGCAGCCCAUGAGUCAAGGAGGUGUUUUGAGUUUUAAAAACAACAUCCAGGAGCAAAUUAAGAAGCAAAUUAGUGGAGCUGAUGGUGGUAGGUUUGUAAGAAGUGAGUUUGAUCGUUAUUUGAAUGAGCAAAUGGGAGAAGAUGAAGAGAAAGAUAUUCUAACUUGGUGGAAACUUAAUGGCCCUAGAUUUCCAGUUAUUGCACGUAUGGCACGUGAUGUACUAGCCAUACCAGUAUCUACAGUUGCAUCGGAAUCGGCAUUUAGUGUAGGAGGGCGUCAUGUUGAUCAAUUUAGAAGCUCUUUAACUCCUAAGAUGGCACAAGCUCUCAUAUGCGGACAAGAUUGGCUUCGGCCUGCAACUGCUACAUCUAAAAUGAACGUGGAGGAGAAAUUGAAGGAGCUGGAGCAAUUAGAAAAAGAUUUGGAGAAGACCAACUUGGAAGAUGAAAUGGUUUUUGUCACCGAAUGA